GAUUCUGUGAGGAGAGACUUAAGAGCACAUCUUCGAGGUCGAUAUUGCACCUGAAUCAAGUGAAAACCAAAUCGCUGUGCAGGAAGUUGAAAAGUAAAAAGCAGAUGUUGGUCACAACUGCUGGAAGAUUUAUGUAUUUCAUCUCCCGGUAGGACACUCACAAAGCCCAGAUGGACGAUUCUCUGUACGAUGAGUUUGGAAACUACAUCGGACCUGAGUUGUCAGGCAGCGAAGAGGAGGAUGAGGAGGAAGUCGAGGAGGAUGAGGACAUGGCAGAGGCGGAGGCCCUGGCCAACGCCAGGAUGGACAUGAUCCAGAAUGCGGGGGCACAGAAUUUCCCUGAUGACGAUGAGGAGCCCAUAGAGAAUGCGGUGGUGCUGCAUGAGGACAAAAAGUACUAUCCGUCAGCAGAGGAGGUCUAUGGGGCAGAGACAGAGACACUGGUCAUGGAAGAGGAUGCGCAGCCUCUGGAGGUUCCCAUCAUUGCACCAGUAAAGCAGAAGAAGCUGGAGGUGCUAGAGCGUGCCCCGCUGCCAACUUACUACAGCAAUGAGUUUCUGGCGGGGCUCAUGACCAACCCAGAGCUGGUCAGGAACGUGGCCAUUGUCGGCCACCUGCACCACGGCAAAACACUGGUCAUGGACAUGUUUGUGGAGCAGACGCAUGAGGUCAGGCACGAGUGGAGGGACAAUGAGCGGCCGAUGCGCUUCACAGACACGCGGCUGGACGAGCAGGAGCGCGCCAUUAGCCUCAAGAUGGUGCCCAUGAGCCUCGUCAUGGAGGGCUCCUCCGGCAAAUCUUACCUCCUCAACCUCAUUGACACCCCAGGCCACAUCAACUUCAACGAUGAAGUCAGCGCUGCGCUGAGGCUGGCGGAUGGCAUGCUGCUGGUGGUGGACGCAGCCGAGGGGGUCAUGGUGGUCACCGAGAAGGCUGUCAAGCAGGCCAUCAUGGAGGGCCUGCCCAUCUGCCUCCUUAUCUCCAAGGUGGACAGGCUCAUCACAGAGCUCAAGCUGCCUCCUGCAGAUGCCUACCACAAAUUGCGGCAUACCAUUGAGGAGGUCAACGCUUUGAUCACCACCUACUCUGGUGGCAAUGAGGAGCUGCUGGUGAGCCCAACAAGGGGAAACGUGGGCUUCAGCUCGGCGCAGUCGGGCUGGUCCUUCACGCUGCAGUCCUUCAGCAAGCUCUACUGCGAGGUCUAUGGAGUCCACAUGGACGCGGCUGAGUUUGCGCGGCGCCUCUGGGGCGACGUGUACUACCACUCCGACACGCGCACCUUCCGCAAGAAGGCCCCGGAGCGCGGCGGCGAGCGCAGCUUUGUGCAAUUCAUCCUGGAGCCCCUGUACAAGAUCUACGCCCAGGUGCUGGGAGAGCAUGAUUCGGGCGUGAAGGAGAUGCUGGGCACGUUUGGGGUGCAGCUGAAGCCGUCGGCGUUCAAAAAGGACGUGAAGCCGCUGCUGAAGGAGGCGUGCACGCGCAUCUUCGGCACGGCCACUGGCCUCGUGGACAUGAUGGUCAAGCACGUUGAACGGACGUACACAGGGCCGCAGACGGGGGACAUCGUGGACCACAUGAAGGCGUGCAAUCCACGGGGGCCGCUGGUCAUCCACAUUGCAAAGCUGUUCCCCAAGACGGACGUCAGCGCCUUCGACGCGCUCGGGCGCAUCCUGUCGGGGACGGUGAAGCCGGGCGACCGCGUGCGCGUGCUGGGCGAGGCAUACACCCCCGAGGACGAGGAGGACAGCGCCGUGGCCGAGGUCACCAAGGUCUGGGUGUACCAGGCCCGCUACCGCAUCCCCCUCACCAAGGCCCUGGCAGGCAACUGGGUGCUGCUGGAGGGGCUGGACGCCACCAUCACAAAGACGGCGACGAUCGUGCCGGAAUACCUGGACGAGGACGUGCACAUCUUCCGGCCGCUGCAGUUCCAGACGCAGGCGGUGGUCAAGAUCGCCGUGGAGCCGCUCAACCCCUCUGAGCUGCCCAAGAUGGUGGAGGGUCUGCGGAAGAUCAACAAGAGUUAUCCGCUGGCGGUGACCAAGGUGGAGGAGAGCGGCGAGCACGCCAUCCUGGGCACCGGGGAGAUCUACCUCGACUCCCUCAUGAAGGAUUUGAGGGAGCUGUAUGCAGAGGUGGAGGUAAAGGUGGCGGACCCGGUGGUGGCCUUCUGCGAGACGGUGGUGGAGACGUCCUCGCUGCGGUGUUUUGCGGAGACGCCCAACAAGCGCAACAAGCUCACCAUGAUCGCAGAGCCGCUCGAAAAGGGGCUGGCGGAGGACAUAGAGAGUGGUGCGGUGGACAUAUCGUGGCCGCGGCGGCGACUGGGUGAGUUCUUCACGACGCGGUACGACUGGGACGUCCUGGCGGCGCGCUCAGUGUGGGCCUUUGGGCCGCAGCGCGCCGGCCCCAACAUCCUCAUGGACGACACGCUGCCCACCGACGUCGACAAGUCCCUCCUCUCCGCCGUCCGCGACUCCGUCGUCCAGGGCUUCCAGUGGGGCACGCGGGAGGGGCCGCUGUGCGACGAGCCAAUCCGCAACGUCAAGUUCAAGAUCCUGGGGGCUGAGAUUGCGCCGGAGCCGCUGGCGCGCGGUGGCGGCCAGAUCAUCCCCACGGCGCGCCGCGUGUGCUACUCCGCGUUCCUCAUGGCCACUCCCCGCCUCGUGGAGCCCGUGUACUAUGUCGAGAUCCAGACCCCUGCAGAUUGCAUCACUGCGAUCUACGCGGUGCUGGGCAAGAGGAGAGGGCACGUCACCGCAGACGUGCCCAAGCCCGGCACGCCCAUCUUCAUUGUCAAGGCCUUCCUGCCCGUCAUCGAGUCCUUUGGCUUUGAGACGGACCUGCGCUACCACACCCAGGGGCAGGCCUUCUGCCUAUCCGUCUUUGACCACUGGCAGAUUGUGCCGGGCGACCCGCUGGACCGGUCGGUGGAGCUGCGGCCGCUGGAGCCGGCGCCGGUGAAUGCGUUGGCGCGCGAACUCAUGGUCAAGACGCGCCGGCGCAAGGGCAUGAGCGAGGACGUCUCCAUCCACAAGUUCUUCGACGACCCCAUGCUCAUCGAGCUCGCGCGCCAGGACGCCGACCUCGAGAAGUUUGUCUGACCUGGCAAUUUUACCACACCGGAACAAGAAGUCCUGCAGAAAGAUAGUCGCCCGCAAGGAAGUUGCCUGUCAGUUUGGACGGGCGAGCUUGUUGCUUGACAAACGGGUGUGCUUGUGAUGGCGCAAAUAGAUGACACGAGACGCUGACAACUGUGCCGCUGCAUCAAUGCGCUCUUGUUCAAGAGCUGACAUGUGCAUGUGGCCUUCAUUGACAGGCGACACAUGGCCAAAUUUUGCUACUUGACCAAUUUGAUGUAGUGCAUCAAGUUCGAAUUUUGCAGACGACCACUCAUGAUGCAAGGUAACAUGUAUCGUCAUGGUCCACUGUGCAAAAACAUUUGGACUUUGUGGAGAGUGCGUUGCAUUUUCAUGCUGAAGUGCUGCACAUCUGCAAGCACUCUCGAACUCGAAGUCGAUAUAUAUUUGACUGUUGAGACAGAGCAACUACAUUGAUCCACAUCAUCCAAACAUUUUGUGGACGAUGCUAGCUAAACAUUACGUAGCAAUGCUUGAAAGGCAUCUUAUGCGUCUGGAACAGAUGCCUUGCAAGUGCAUGGAACAAAUGACUGAAUCCUAUACACACAUGUUCAUACGUUGCUACCAAGCUGACGAGAAAAGAAUACUCCUGAG